GCGAUGGACUCCGUUGAAUUAGGGCGCUUGUGGAAUUCAACCCUUCUUUCUGCCAUUUUUCGUCGUUCGUUUCUCGCUCUACUUAAGGAACCCCAGCGUCUGCGAUCGCGCCUGAUUCAGUUGGAUUGAAUUCCGCCUUUCGAUUCCGUAGAGGUUCGGUCUCUGUCUCUCGUCUGUGGUCCGGGCUUUGGUUCCCGCGUCUCAGUAAUGGCGGAAGGAGACGGACUGUGACUUCAGACUCGUGUCGGGAGUUACCAAGAGGAAGCGGAAAGGAAGGGAGGUCAUGGCGCAGAAUCUUCGGCAGGCGCUCAAGGAAAUCGGGUCGAAGCUCGCGAACCUUCCCCACUCGAAGGAUUCCCUCGUGAAGCUCCUUAAGCAAGCCACAAAUUGCCUGUCUGAGAUUGACCAAUCACCACCAAAAUCACUGUUGGUGGCUGUGCAAUCAUGUGCUGAUGCAGUAGCAAAGGCUGAGCUUCUGGCCCAGCAAGAUAGGGAUGUCAGACUUCUGGUAUCGGCUUGCAUUUGUGAGAUAAUGAGGAUAACAGCACCAGUGCCUCCAUACAAUGACGAUGUGUUAAGGGACGCAUUUCGUGUAAUUGUGGGGACCUUUAGCAGUUUAGAUGAGAUAAAUAGUCCUUCUUUUGGGAGAAUGAUUGCUAUUCUGGAGACUCUUGCUAAAUAUAGGUCCUGUGUUGUCAUGUUGGAUCUUGAAUGCAACGAUCUAGUGAAUGAAAUGUUCAGUACAUUUCUCUCUAUUGCCAGUAAUGAGCAUCCAGAAGCUGUCCUUAUAUCAAUGCAGACAAUUAUGGUUCUCCUAGUUGAUGAAAGUGAGGAUGUCCAGGAGGAUCUAUUACUUGCUUUAUUAUCUGCGCUUGGUCAACAUGAAAGUGAUAUAUCUUCAGCUGGACAAGAACUGGCUAUUAGUGUCAUUGAACAGUGUGCUGGCAAGCUUGAGCCAUACAUAAAUCAGUUCCUUAUAUCAGCAAUCUCAAGGAAUGCUCGUUCUCAAAGUAGUUGUUUUAAUCAUCAUGAAAUUAUUUAUGAUAUUUAUCGUUGUUCUCCUCAAUUCUUACGUGGAGUUACUCCUUACAUGCUAGAAGAACUGCUGGCAAAUGAACCUGAUGUUAGGCUGAAAUCAGUAAACCUGCUUGGAUGGAUGUUUACAUUACCUGGUCGCACAAUCUCUGAGCCAUUCCGGCCCCUUUUUUCAGAGUUCCUUAAGAGGCUGACAGACAGAGUGGUUGACAUUCGAACUGCUGUUGUCGGACAUAUGAAAGGCUGCCUGCUAUCUAAUCCUUUCAGACCUGAAGCUGCUGAGAUUAUCUCUGCCCUUUGUGAUCGGUUGUUAGACUAUGAUGAAAGUGUUCGGGAACAAGUUGUUGGUGCAAUUUGUGAUGUUGCUGGACAUAGUUUAGAGUCUGUUGCAAUUGGGACUAUCAAGUUUGUUGCAGAGCGCCUUCGGGAUAAAUCUAUCACUGUCAAAAAGUAUACUUUGGAGAGGCUGGUGGAACUGUAUCGACUGCAAUGCUUGAAGUUUUCAGAUGGUUCGAUUGAGCAAAAUGAGUAUAGAUGGCUUCCUGGGAAAAUUCUAAGAUGUUUCUAUGACAAAGAUUUGAGAUAUGAAGCAGUGGAGAAAUUUUUAUCAGACUCGUUGUUGCCCACUGAAGUCUCAGUUAAAGUAAAAGUGAGAAACUGGAUUGCAGCUUUCUCCGAGUUUGAAAAAGUUGAGAUCAAGGCCCUUGAACAAGCUUUUCUGCAGAAACAAAGGUUGCAGAAAGAAAUGAAGCGGUAUCUGGCGCUUAGAAAGAAAUACCAGGAUAAAGAUACUACAGAUAUCCUAGAGAGAACUUCAGGGUGCAUUAGGACCCUGGCUCGGUCAUUUAAAGAUCCUGCCAAAGCAGAAGAAGAUUUUCAAACCCUUAAUCAGUUGAAGGAUAAUAAUGUUUGGAAGAUUCUAACUAGUCUUCUUGAUACUAGCACUAGUACUGCACAAGCUUUAAAAGGCCGUGAUGACUUGUUGAAGAUCCUCGGAGAUAGGCAUCCUUUGUUUGAUUUCUUUGGUACAUUAACAACCAAAUGUUCUCUUAUUCUCUUCAACAAGGAGCAUAUUGAGGAAAUCCUUGAUGAGCUUAUUCUCCACAAGUCUGCUGGAAAUGAAAAGCUUGUCUCAUCAUGCUUGCGCUUCCUCAUGAUUCUUGCAAGUUUCUUUCCAUCUAUUUUUAGAGGGGUGGAAGAACAGCUAGUCCUUCUUCUUAAAGAUGAUAAUGAAACAAUCAAAGAAGGCAUACUGCUUGUUCUUGCAAAGGUUGGCGGAGCUAUCAGAAGUCAACUUCCAACACUAGACAGCUCUGUAGACCUACUGUUAGAGAAACUGUGCAUAGAAGGCACAAGAAAGCAAGCAAAGUACUCUGUCCAGGCUCUCGCUGCAAUAACAAUUGGCGAUGGCCUCAAGUCACUCUCACUGCUUUACAAGCAUCUUGUGGAUAUGCUAGAUGAAGGAAAGCAUCUACCAGCCAUAUUGCAAUCUUUGGGCUAUAUUGCACAAAUUGCCAUGCCAAUAUUUGAAACCAGGGAGGAGGAAAUUGUAGGGUUUCUAUCGAACAGAAUUUUGCCUUGCAGUGUUGUAGAAAAUAUUUCUGGAACAGACUGGGAUAAUCAAAGCAAACAAUGCUUGCUCAAGAUAUUUGCUAUUAAGACCUUAGUGAAGAGUUACCUACCCACUAAAGAUGCUCUUCUGCGCACUGGAAUUGGAAACCUCUUAAAGUUGCUGAAAGAUAUACUUUCUUUUGGUGAAGUGUCCCAAACUGUGGAAUCGAGCAUUGUUGAUAAAGCCCAUCUUAGACUUGCUUCUGCAAAAGCAAUCCUGCGGUUGUCAAGGAUCUGGGACCACAAAAUUCCAAAUGAUGUUUUCUUUUUUACUAUAAAAAUUUCACAGGAUACUUACCCACAAGUCAGGAAGCAGUUUCUUGCUAAAGUGCACCAAUAUGUAAAAGAUCGGCUUGUGGAUGUGAAGUAUGCUAUUUCACUUCCAUUGGCCAUGCAUGGAAUCCCCGAACAUGAAUACAAAGAGUACAGACAUCGUCUAGUUGAAAUUGUGGAGAUGCUUUAUCGUGAAGCCAAAUCUCGGAAGCUUUAUGCACCAUCUGGCCAGAACUUGCCAUCAGAUCAUCCUGAAUAUAUUUUGGCAUAUUUUGUUCAUGCUUUAGCACAUGACAAUUCAUUCCCCAGUAUUGUUGAACGGCCUGGUUCUGAAGCUUUUGUGCCAAUUUUCUGGAGGUUAUAUGCAUUUCUUUCUGUGUUCAUAUGUCAAGAUGUUGACGGUAAGUUGGAGACUGUGUGCCCUGAGGUGCACAAUAGAGUUUGUGCGAUUGUCUCAGUCUUCAAAAGUAUCAAACUGUCUGAAGAUGUAGUAGAUUCAAACAAGUCAAAGAAUUCACAUCUAGUAUGUGAGAUUGGACUUAUCAUUAUCAGGAAUCUCUCUAACCAACCAGAUAACGACUUCAUGCAAUCAAUUCCACUGCCAUCAGCGCUUUAUACCCCUAUUACCAAGAGUAACUAUGAUGUCAAUGAAGAGUUUAAGCUUCCUUGGUUGGCUAAUGUUGAUCUGUUUGUCUAUUUCAAAUCAUCGAGCUUGCAAAACGUGCAGGUUAAGUCUGCAUCUGUCAAGGACGAGAAGAUUUUUGAGGCUGGUGACGAUGAUGGAAAAGAAUUGCCUCUGAUGAAGAUGAUGAAAUUGCUGAAGUCUAAAAAACUGAAGAAAAAGAAACCAAUCAUCAAUACUGCGUCAAAUAAAAUAAAAAACCAAGAAACAGACUCAGAAACGUUGAGUAUGGUGAACGAAAUGAGAAUGGGAAAUCUUCGCAGAGAUGUGUGCAUGGCAGCUCCUGAACUUGAAAGUGAUUCCAUAUUUUUGAAGAAGGAAGAAACGAACGAUAGUAAGAACAAUGGGACCGUGCUUCUAUCUCAAAGGAAGAAGAUGAAAAAAACUUUCAAGGGGGAAUAUGGCCUUGGUACUAGUUAUAAAAGAAAAGCUUCUGAGUUUGAUGCAUCAAUGAUGUCACACACAUUGAAGCUUAAGAAGAACAAAAGAGAGCUAGGGUUCAAGUCUCAGACUAUGGGUAUUUCAACAUCAGUGUCAUCCAAUAUUAAUAGUGACUCCAGCAUUUUGGAAGGUGAACUAACUACAGGCGGGAUGGAUGUUGAACCGAUAAAGAGUAUGGAGUUAUCAGGAGACUCAGGACCAGCAUCUCGUGCAAAAAAUAAAGUACUAUCAUCGAGAAAAGGUCACAGUUUCACCUUUAAGGGUGAUGUCCAUGUUGAUGGGGAUGCGAAUCACGAUAAACAACAGUGGCUUUUGGAAGAAUCUAGCAAGGAUAACUCGGAGUUAGUUGGGUGGAGAAUAAAAGUUUGGUGGCCAAUGGAUAGACAGUUCUAUGAAGGUGUUGUACAAUCUUUCGAUGCUAAGAAGAGGAAAUAUUUGAUCUUUUAUGAUGAUGGAGAUGUUGAGAUGCUUAAGUUGGAAAAGGAGAAGUGGGAGAGGAUUGAUGAUUCUCAUGUGCCAAAGCAAGCACCAUCACCAAGUCCAUCUACCUUAUGCAGAAGGAAGGAAAACCGUUGCAACUCAAUCAAGCUUUCACGUAAAUCACCUAACAGGACAAGUCUUCCAUCUUGUGCGGGUGAGAGCAGAGAUGAACUGACCGACAGUGGAGAUGGUGUUGAAGUUGAACGUCAUGCUAAGCUGCCAGGUGUGGAGAGCAGUUUUGAGGAUCCAACAGGUGCAAAGGAGGAUGACCUUUUCGAUGCGGAAAACACACCUGAUCUAUCUGGCUCCCAACCUGUUGAAGAUCCUGGCAAUGAGAAAAAGGCUUGCGGUGACAACUCCGACGAUGAACCUCUGCUUGCUUGGAAACUCAGGGUAAGCAAAGGAGACUGAAGAGCGUUAAACCCCACCUCCAGCAAACUUUAGCAUCAGGCAAUAAUAUGCUUCAUCAACAUUUUCCUCAGCAUUGAUUCUGUCUGGCUGCUCCUGUUUGUACAUUACAAUGUACAUUAAAAUAAAUUAUAUAAUCAAGAGGUUCCUUCACAUGAUUA